GGCCGCACGAGCCCGGCGGCCAGGCGCCGGGGUGAGGCCCAUCCCCCUCGCCCUUCCUCCCCCUCCCAGCCCCGCCCACUCGCGCCCUGCCUCCUCGCCCACGCAUCGCCGGCCUGCAAUGAUUCGCGCUAUCAGCUCCGUCCGCCUGUAUGCACAGCAUGGCGUCCCACGCUUCGGGCCUCUUGCCGUGCGUAUGCUCAGCUCGGCUCCGGGUGAGGGUGCCGCCGCUGCCGCCGCCGCCGCCGUCGCACCUCCCACUGCCCCGGCCGCCGAUGCUGCCGCGCCCGUUGCCGAUGUCGCUGCUCCAGCUGCCGCCGCCCCGGCGGUCGAUGCUGCUGCCCCGGCCGCCCCGGCCGCCCCGGCCGCCCCGGCCCCCAUCGGCAUCGAGGAUUUCGCCAAGGUGCAACUCCUAUCAGCUCGGGUGCUGCAGGCCGAGCCGCACCCGAAUGCCGAUCGCCUCUACGUUCUGACCUUGGAUGACGGGUCCGGCACCCCGCGCACCGUGUGCUCCGGCCUGCGCGAGUCCCACACCGCCGAGGAGCUCGUGGGCAAGAGCGUUGUCCUGGUGGCCAACCUCAAGCCCCGCAAGAUGCGCGGCAUCCAGUCCCACGGCAUGGUGGUCGCUGGGGCCUUCAGCCAGCCCGCAGCUGACGGUGUGGACGCCGCCCCGGUCAGUCGAGUGGUUCUUCUUGACAGUGCUGGCCUCCCUCCCGGCACGCCGCUCUUCUAGACCGAGCUAGAUUCGACUCCCGUAGAAAAUGGCCGCCGGAGCGGCCCCUGAAGGAGGUGAGUCGACGCUCCCAAAUAAAUCACCCACACCCCCCAAAGGCCGCCGCCAUCACGAAGGGCCCCUGUUCCCCGUGCUGUCGCCUCUGGCUUCGUUUCCCUCCUUUUCCCACCUUUUCUCCCCCCCCC